AUGGCCGAUGAUGGCAUGCUAUUGAACUUUGAGUUGGGAAGCGGCCCAAUCAAGCCCCAAGUCAAGUUCAAAGGCGGACGCUGGCGCGACAGAAAACAGGCCGAGCGAGGCGCCCGAGGCCCUGGUCCUGACGGCCGCCCACCCUCACGUCGCCCUCCCAGAGACCGCUUCGACGAUUCCGAUCGCCCUAUUAAACGCCGCAGAGCCGACACUGAUCAACAGUCCGCCGACGACUACCAGCCCAGAACCCGGCCCAGCCAUAUCAAGCUCGAACACGGCGGCGCGGGGAGCAGGCCGCCUUUCGACAACCGCCGACAUGGUAACGGCGCCGGCGGCAGGGGCACGAAGCAAGUGGUCUCGAGCCUCUUCAGCUUCAACCCUGAGCAAAAAACAGUAUUUGAGGAUGAGGAAUGGACAGCCCCGACACCCACCAAUGCGCCGCUCGCGGACGUGGCCAACUUUGGCACCCUCACACUCUCCUCUCGACUUGUCGAGGAGCUCGGCAAGAUGAAGCUGGAGCGCCCGACUGCCAUUCAACAAAAAGUGAUUCCUCACAUGAUUACUGGAGGCUCUGAUGCCUUUGUACAGGCAGAGACUGGCUCCGGCAAAACAUUCUCAUAUCUCCUUCCCAUCCUUCAUCGCGUUCUGCAGCUCAGUGCGCAAAACGACGGCAAGCAAGUGCACCGCGACUCCGGCAUCUUUGCCAUCAUGGUUGCGCCCACUCGCGAAUUGGCCAAGCAGACACAUAACGUCCUCGAGCAACUCAUCAGGCCCUUUCCCUGGCUCGUCUCCACAGCCAUCACUGGUGGCGAGUCCAAAAAGGCGGAAAAGGCGCGCAUCCGCAAGGGUGUCAACUUUCUAGUCGCCACGCCGGGUCGGUUGGCGGAUCACAUCGACAACACAAAAGCCUUGAACCUGGGUACCGUGCGAUGGCUCAUUCUCGACGAAGGCGAUCGGCUGAUGGACCUGGGAUUCGAGGACGACCUAAAAAAGACCAUCGACGCUCUCCGCAAGGUUGAAAUUAUCAAGGAGACGAGCAGCGGAACGUCGCUGGCUGCACUUCCUGAUCGUCGCGUCACUAUACUCUGCUCGGCCACCAUGAAGAUGAAUGUACAGAAGCUUGGCGAAAUGUGUUUGGCUGACGCCGUCUUCCUUUCCGCCGAAAAGGGUGAGAUGACAGCGGACGAGAAUAUUGAGCACAAGGCUCCCGCGCAGCUCCACCAAUCACACGUCAUUGUACCAGCAAAGCUUCGACUAGUUACCCUUGCUUGCUAUCUCAAGUCCAUAUUCUCACGCAAGGGGCAGACCAUGAAGGUCAUCUUGUUCAUGUCCUGCGCCGACGCCGUUGAUUUCCACUACGAGCUCUUACGGAACCCCAACGAUACCGAAGCACCGCCAGCACAAUCGAAAGAUUUAGAAUUGGUCUCCAAGACUGUUGCUAGAGCCUCUUACAUCACCUCAGCGGCUAGCCCUGAAGUAGUCCUGCACAGGAUGCAUGGCUCCCUCUCUCAGCCUAUUCGGUCAGCCACGUUGCGUACAUUCUCCGCCUGCAAGUCGCCCUCAGUAUUGAUCACGACCGACGUGUCCUCGCGAGGUCUUGACAUUCCGUCCGUGGACCUCGUCAUUGAGUACGACCCCGCCUUUAGCUUUGCGGACCACAUCCACCGCAUCGGCAGAACUGCGCGUGCCGGUCGCGCCGGUGAAGCGAUGCUUUUCCUGCUACCCGGCUGCGAGGAGGGCUACGUCGAGCUCCUGCGCGCCUCUGGCGCCCCCACCGCGCAGUCCUACGAGUCCAUCCUCAGGACCGGCCUCAUGUCCAAGCUCGAGUUCCCCGUCGAGACGUCCGCCAAGCUGGCCGAGGGACAGACGUACCACGACAAGGCCGAGACGAUGCAGCUGCACUUCGAGCAGCGCUUGCUCGAGGAUCCCAACCGCCUCGAGCUGGCCCGCAACGGCUUCAAGUCACACAUCCGCGCGUACGCGACGCACGUCAAGGAGGAGCGCGUCCACUUUGACAUUGCGGAGCUGCACCUCGGCCACACAGCCAAGAGCUACGCGCUGCGCGAGCCGCCGCGCGGCGUCGGUGCGGGCAUCGACAGGAAGGCCCGCAAGGGCAGAAAGAGUGGCGGUACGGCCGCGGUCAAGGACGAUGAGAAGGAUAAGCCUGUGGAGGAAGGCGUGGCGAAGAGCAUUCUGCGGAAGAAGGGCAUGAUGUUGAUGACGGGUGCGGACGAGUUCAACAUUGGUUAG